AUGGCUGCUACAGAUUGGACACAAGCCAAUAUUGAAAAAACUAGAAAACCCACCCGCUCUCUCACUGCGCUCUCUUGGCAAUAUCCGAAUGAAGGAGUGAUUAAAAUCAAUACUGACGGGUGCAGAAAAGGUGAGGAUGGACGCAUUGCUGCUGGGGGUGUACUAAGAGAUAGUUCUGGGCAAUGGAUGAGAGGCUUUGCUGUCAAUCUUGGUGUAGGACAAGUCUUGGAAGCUGAGUUAUGGGGCAUCUAUCUUGGACUGAAACUUUCUUGGGAUAUAGGUUGCAGUGCAGUUGUGCUUGAGUCUGACUCAGCGACCGCGGUACACCUGCUUAACAAAAAUGUGGAAGACCUUCACCAUCUUGCUACUAUGUUGUGGGGAUGCAAGGACUAUAUAAACAAAAACUGGAUUUGUUCUAUUCAUCAUGUAUAUCGUGAGUGCAACAUGGUAGCUAAUAAACUAGCUGAAUUGGGUUCAUGUCUUAGUUGGGUCUGUCAACUUUUCAGGACCCUCCUGAUAGUAUUAGGUCCUUUCUAA